AUGCCGCUCCAAACGCUUUUGGAUGGUCGCAAGGCCGUCCCUCUCAUUGUCGGUUCCAAGCCUAUUCCCGCCAAUAUCUCCAACAUUGCUUCAGCCUUGGUUAACGCUGUCAAAGCCCUCGAAGCUCAAGACUUCGCAGGAACUGCAGUAUCUCAAGGCAUUGCCGAACAUGCUCUUGAAGUCUUACAAGAAGCUAAGUCUAAGGGCCUUCAAUUCAUCGUCGGCGAUGCAGCCUAUAGAUCUGGGCACCCUAACUCACUAGUCCCUACUAUUGUCGCGGUGGACCCGGCAACCAAACCCGAGGACCUACGAAUCGUUGAUGAAGAGACCUUUGGCCCAAGUGCCAGUCUUUACAUACGCGGCAUGAGGCUUGGACGUGAACUGGAGUACGGUCAGGUACACCUGAACAGGGAGACGGUCUAUGUCAGCCCAACUGGUCCCCAGGGAGGUCUCAAAGCGAGCGGCUGGGGCAGACAAAAUGCGCUUUGGGGCUUGGAAGAAUUUUUGGAGGAGAAGAGCAUCACUUGGCACGGCAAAUAA